AUGAAGACAUUCGUCGCUAUUGCUGUCGUUGCCCUCAUCGCUGGCACUUUCGCCCUGACGAUUGAUCAGAAAAAGAAGGCCGAAGGACACGCGGCCGAAUGCGUCAAGUCGACCGGUGUCCCGCCGGAGACGGCGGCCAAGCUGAAGGGUGGUGAUUUUGCCGGUGCCGACGACAAGACCAAGUGCUUCGCCAAGUGCUUCCUGGAGAAGGCCGGCUUCAUGACGGACAAGGGCGAUUUUGAUGAGAAAACCAUCAUCGAGAAGCUGUCGGUCGACCACGAUCGGGCGAAGGUGGAGGGACUGGUGAAGAAGUGCAACCACAAGGAGGCCAACCCGUGCGAGACGGCCUUCAAGGCGUACCAGUGCAUCUACGCCGCUAAGGGUUCGGUCGUCUAA